CCAUAACGGAACACAUUGUUUCAGUACAGAUUCAACCUGCCUCUUUAGAGCAUCCUGAACUUAACGGUCAGACCAUGUUGAACCUUCGUUCCAGCUCCUUCUUUUUGCUGUUGGCUGUGCUGGCCAUGGCCAGUAGUCAGGCAGUUGACAAAGUCAUCACGGUGAGCAACGGUGGGGAGGAAGGCGAAUGGGGACCGCUGGAGCGCUGCCCAGACGGUUUCAAAGCGAUCGGUUUCCAGACCCGUAACGAACUGGCCACUCCAUUCUUCGACGACACGGCCCUCAACACCAUCAUCCUCACCUGCAACGACGAGAAUCUAACCAACAUCACCUCCACUAUAGGAUUCUCCGGAGAUUUCCAACGUGUCCAGUUGUGUCCAUCGGCUUUUGUUGUCGCGUACAUGACCAGUUUCGCUCUGCGAGUCCAGCUGCCGUUCAACGGGACGGACAAUACCCAAGGGGACCGGACGGCGGCCAACAACAUCCGCUUCUUGUGCUCCAACGAGCGCGAGAUCAACGGAGUCGGCAACACCGACGGAGUCUGGGGCGAGUACAGCGAGUCGUGCACCGAGGGCAUUUGUGGAAUCGAGACCCGCGUCCAGCCGUACGACGGCGGAAUCGGCCACCCUGACAACACGGCCUUGAACGACGUCCGCUUCACCUGCUGUCCAGAGUAACCGCUACUUCCCCAACACACUAAAUGAAUUGAAAUAAAUUUCCAACUUAAAUACCAAACGAUACAACAUUAUGAAUAAAUUACGUUAACAUUA